AAAUGUAGACAUCUAAAUCAUCUUCUUGGUUUCAAAUAUUCAGUAUGACGACUGUUUGGGUGGUGUCAGUGAUACUUGUGAUCCUGUACUCGGCUGAAGUACACGGUGAUAUAUCUGUCACAUCGACAGUUAACCCAGUAGGACUUAUAGGGAACAAUGACGUGGAACUUGUGUGUACAUACAGUCUGUCGUCGUUCUAUGAUAGAGUGACUACAAUGGUGUGGUGCAGGGAGACAUCUAAAGACUCCGGAAGAUACGAAGAAUUAGCAACGUUUUAUCCACCGGGAAAAAGUCAAGACCGCGCGACAUUAAAAAACUUAUCAAAUCCUUCUGUGUUUGAGCGAAUAGUUCUAACCAAUCCUACGGAAUCCUCCCUCACAGCAAAAAUGAAGUUUACAAGUGUGGUGUGCGGUGACGAACGUAAAUAUCAAUGUGCUGUACUUGCAAAAAAAGCAUAUACAAAUUCCAGCAUGUGGGCGAAACCAACCAUUGACACCAUUCUUAGAGUCACAGCAACUCCCAAUACCACUUCCUUUGGUGAAGUAGAAAUGGUCCCAGCGUCGAAUAUAGAGGAGGGACAGACAGUCCAGUUCACGUGUACCAGUAACGUUGGUCGGCGGGCCGGGACGUUCCUGUGGACCAAGUACAGGAGUAUAUCUGAUUCCAUGGGUAGUACCGUAACCUCUACCACACAGACAUUCCCCAGUACCGACUGUACCUACACCGGAAGUAGUGUUAUCUCCAUAGUGAUGACCAAGGACGACGAUGGCGUCAUCAUCAGGUGUACCAUACAACAGGAAACUAUCUCUGACCAAUCAAACAAGGCCUACUAUAGACAAACUAAUCCCAUCAGGGUUUGUGCAACUCCCAAUACCACUUCCUUUGGUGAAGUAGAAAUGGUCCCAGCGUCGAAUAUAGAGGAGGGACAGACAGUCCAGUUCACGUGUACCAGUAACGUUGGUCGGCCGGCCGGGACGUUCCUGUGGACCAAGUACAGGGGUAUAUCUGAUUCCGUGGGAACAACCGUAACCUCUACCACACAGACAUUCCCCAGUACCGACUGUACCUACACCGGAAGUAGUGUUAUCUCCAUAGUGAUGACCAAGGACGACGAUGGCGUCAUCAUCAGGUGUACCAUACAACAGGAAACUAUAUCUGACCAAUCAAACAAGGCCUACUAUAGACAAACUAAUCCAAUCAAAGUGGAUUCUCCAGAUCCAUCCAUGGGGGAAACGACAUAUGGAGGCGAAGUAAUUAGCACUGUGGGGAUGAUACUGUUGUCUAUAUCGGUGAUCCUGUUGUCAUUGACCGUCGGACUUGGGAUAUUUAUCAGUCACAACAAAAGACUUCCUUUUUCCCAAACGCCAAUUACGGAGAUUUCGGCGAGGUUUCCUAUGGCUCUUCCUUCAGGAUUCGUCAAUCACCAUAAAUAUCGUAACCCUCGGAGGCGACUAAAAGCUUGA